UAAAGUACAGGAAGUUUGUUUUUAAGUUAUUAAAAUUAGAGAGAGAACAGAGAGAGUUGUAGACUUAUUAUAUCAGGACAUAUAGACACCUGGACCAACCUGAGGAGAACACAGCAUUAUAUCAGGACCUAUAGACACCUGGACCAACCUGGAGAGAACACAGCAUUAUAUCAGGACCUGUAGACACCUGGACCAACCUGGAGAGAACACAACAUUAUAUCAGGACCUGUAGACACCUGGACCAACCUGGAGAGAACACAGCAUUAUAUCAGGACCUAUAGACACCUGGACCAACCUGGAGAGAACACAGCAUUAUAUCAGGACCUAUAGACACCUGGACCAACCUGUAGAGAACACAGCAUUAUAUCAGGACCUAUAGACACCUGGACCAACCUGGAGAGAACACAACAUUAUAUCAGGACCUAUAGACACCUGGACCAACCUGGAGAGAACACAGCAUUAUAUCAGGACCUAUAGACACCUGGACCAACCUGGAACACAUCAAGAUGAGGAUCCUGCUGAUAGUCAUCCUCCUCUCCUUCAUGACAGGUUGUUUGAGCUCCUUCAAAGUGACAGGAUACUCUGGAGGAACUGUCAUCAUCGACUGUGAUUAUUACACAGAAUACGGAAGUCAUGACAAAUAUUUCUGCGUGGAGCAGGACAGUUGGAGUUGUGAGGAUCAAAUCAGAACUGGAUUGAAGAACACCUGGGUAAACAGUGGUAGAUUCUCUCUGUAUGACGUCACUGGAGGAAACUACUUCAAGGUGAUCAUCAGACAACUGACCAGUCAAGAUGAAGGGACCUACUGGUGUGGAGUGGACAAACCUGCUAUACCUGACAGUUAUACCAAGGUAGAGCUGGAUGUGAAGAAGGAUGACUGCUGUGAGAAGUCAGUCACAGAGACGGCCUAUCUGGGAGGAGAAGCUACCAUCAGAUGCAACUAUCCAGAGGACCAUGAGGACAGCACCAAGUAUUUCUGCAAGGAAAGCAAUGACUUCAAGACUUGUGUUAAUAUGACCUCUGCUCACCAGACAACUGCAGAAGCUGGUCGUUUCUCUGUGUCUGACAACACAGGAGAGAGAUUCUCCACAGUGACCAUCAGGGACCUGACUGAAGAUGAUACUGGGACCUACUGGUGUGGAGUAGAAACCAGCAGGACAGAACAACGUUACAUUACACUGAUCACACAGGUGAAGCUGCUUGUUAGAAGUGAGAAUAAACUUCUUCUUUCUCUUUAACAUGUGAACAUAAACACACAAGUUACACUCAUAUCUAUUUGAUAAAAGUAGUUUAAUUGAAAUGAUAAUUGCAUGACAUUUGUAUUGUCAUUCACAUGUUUAAUGUGUUUGAUACCGUUCCAUCCAUUCCAUUCCAGCCACUGUUAUUAGCCAGUCCUCCUAUAUCUCUGUUCACCAGCCUCCUCUGCUCCUCACGCUGUCCGCCUGCAGUAACUAUGUUAUAUACUGUCUGACCAUGUAAAUAAUAUAUAGCAUUCUAUUAUAUCGGUCUAUUAGUUAUAACUACAGUAUGUUAGUCAGUGUGUUAGUGGAGGCUGGGUGUUUGUAGUGGAACACAGUAACUUCCUCUGUAAUAACUGUGUGUUUGUAGUGGUGUGAAAAGACACUGGACCAGAACACUGUAACUUCCUGUGUAAUAACUGUGUGUUUGUAGUGGAGUGAAAAGACACUGGACCAGAACACAGUAACUUCCUGUGUAAUAACUGUGUGUUUGUAGUGGAGUGAAAAGACACUGGACCAGAACACUGUAACUUCCUCUGUAAUAACUGUGUGUUUGUAGUGGUGUGAAAAGACACUGGACCAGAACACUGUAACUUCCUGUGUAAUAACUGUGUGUUUGUAGUGGAGUGAAAAGACACUGGACCAGAACACAGUAACUUCCUGUGUAAUAACUGUGUGUUUGUAGUGGAGUGAAAAGACACUGGACCAGAACACAGUAACUUCCUGUGUAAUAACUGUGUGUUUGUAGUGGAGUGAAAAGACACUGGACCAGAACACAGUAACUUCCAUCUGUAUUAACUGUGUGUUUGUAGUGGAGUGAAAAGACACUGGACCAGAACACUGUAACUUCCUCUGUAAUAACUGUGUGUUUCUAUAUCUGUCUCAGUAUCACUAAGCAGUCAUAUGUUCAACAUAUAAAACCCCAAGUUUCAGUAUGAAUGUCAUCAUGAAACCUGCAGUUGUCAUCAGAGAGAGAGAGAGAGAGAGAUAUGGUGAGUUUUAAUAACUCUACCUCCAUGUACAUUUUACCACAAAUACCUCGACAUCCAUGCUCCCACACGUUGACUCUGUACCGGUACCCCGUGUAUAUAGUCUCCACAUUGACUCUGUACCGGUACCCCUUGUAUAUAGUCUCCACAUUGACUCUGUACCGGUACCCCCUGUAUAUAGUCUCCACAUUGACUCUGUACCGGUACCCCUUGUAUAUAGUCUCCACAUUGACUCUGUACCGGUACCCCUUGUAUAUAGUCUCCACAUUGACUCUGUACCGGUACCCCUUGUAUAUAGUCUCCACAUUGACUCUGUACCGGUACCCCCUGUAUAUAGUCUCCACAUUGACUCUGUACCGGUACCCCCUGUAUAUAGUCUCCACAUUGACAAUUACCUCGACAUCCAUGCUCCUACACAUUGACUCUGUACCGGUACCCCUUGUAUAUAGUCUCCACUAUGACUCUGUACCGGUACCCCUUGUAAAUAGUCUCCACAUUGACUCUGUACCGGUACCCCUUGUAUAUAGUCUCCACAUUGACUCUGUACCGGUACCCCUUGUAUAUAGUCUCCACAUUGACUCUGUACCGAUACCCCUUGUAUAUAGCCUCCACAUUGACUCUGUACCGGUACCCCCUGUAUAUAGUCUCCA